UCAUUUUAUUUUAUAUUUUUGUUAGUAAUAACAAAAGAAAGAAAGGAAGAGCAACGCAAACAGAAUCAAUCAGUCAAUCAAUGGCUCUUGUGCAGGUGUUGAGGCGCGUUCUUGGUGCAAGCGGCUCCACCCAGAUCUCCUCAACGGCUAGGGCUUUCUCAUCUGCUCCGGCUCCCAUCAUAGCCACUCUCUUUCCCGGUGACGGUAUCGGCCCCGAGAUCGCCGAGUCCGUCAAACAGGUGUUUCAAGCAGCUGAGGUGCCAAUUGAGUGGGAAGAGCACUAUGUUGGGGAUCAAAUAGAUCCAAGAACCCAGAGUUUUCUGACAUGGGAAAGUCUGGAAUCUGUACGAAGAAACAAGGUUGGCUUAAAAGGGCCAAUGGCCACACCGGUUGGAAAAGGCCAUCGUUCCUUGAACCUUACUCUUAGGAAAGAGCUUAAUUUGUAUGCCAACGUUAGGCCUUGCUACAGCCUCCCUGGUUAUAAAACUCGGUAUGAUAAUGUUAAUCUUAUCACUAUUCGUGAGAAUACGGAAGGAGAAUACAGCGGACUUGAACACCAAGUGGUGAGAGGUGUAGUUGAAAGUCUCAAAAUCAUUACUCGUCAGGCAAGUUUGAGAGUUGCUGAAUACGCUUUUCACUAUGCAAAGACCCACGGACGAGAGAGAGUAUCAGCUAUACACAAAGCUAAUAUUAUGCAGAAAACUGAUGGUCUUUUUCUCAAGUGCUGUCGUGAGGUUGCAGAGAAGUACCCUGAAAUCACAUAUGAAGAAGUUGUUAUUGACAACUGCUGUAUGAUGCUUGUGAAGAAUCCAGCUCUUUUUGAUGUACUGGUGAUGCCUAACCUCUAUGGUGACAUUAUCAGUGACCUUUGUGCGGGGUUGGUUGGUGGUUUGGGCUUAACACCAAGCUGCAAUAUUGGUGAAGCGGGAAUUGCCCUUGCUGAAGCUGUGCAUGGUUCUGCACCAGAUAUUGCUGGCAAGAAUUUGGCAAAUCCCACUGCUCUACUGUUAAGUGCUGUCACAAUGUUACGCCAUUUAGAGCUCUAUGACAAAGCGGAGAGGAUCCAGGAUGCCAUUCUUAACACAAUUGCCGAGGGAAAGUAUCGGACUGCAGACCUUGGUGGUUCUUCAUCGACAACUGACUUUACAAAGGCAAUCUGUGGUCAUCUUUGAAAAUACUGAUGGCGGAUUUUAGUUCUGCUUUGGGACCCCAAAAACAGUUUUUUUAUGAUGUUCCUUUUGGGGACAUAGUUUUUGUUUCCAGUGUUUUAAAAUGAAGAAUAAGACCGCGUUAUCUUGGUGGUUAUACAGAAGCUCAUGGAGAUGCUCUUCCAAACUUGAAGGUGAUAUAUUAAUUAUUAACAAAAAUUAAAGAAGGUAGGGAAAAAAGUGAAGCUUUUUUCACGGUUUAUCCUCUAGAUUGGAAUAGUGAAAUUUUUU